GGAGCGGGGCGAGCCGCUGGCGGGACUAACUCAUGAAGAACAAGGGAGCGAAGCCGAAGAGGAAGGGAGCCGCGGGCGCCUUCGGCUGUGACCUGACGGAGCACCUGGAGAGCUCGGGGCAGGACGUCCCUUACGUGCUGAGGAGCUGUGCCAAGUUCAUUGAGACCCACGGCAUUGUGGAUGGAAUCUACCGGCUCUCUGGAGUGACAUCCAACAUACAGAAGCUGAGGCAGGAGUUUGGCUCUGAUCAAUGUCCAGACCUGACAAGGGAAGUUUACCUUCAGGACAUUCACUGUGUGGGGUCACUCUGCAAGCUGUACUUCAGGGAGCUGCCAAACCCCCUCCUCACUUAUGAGCUCUACAAGAAAUUUACGGAGGCAAUAUCUCGCUGCCCGGAGGAGGAGCAAUUGGCCUGUAUUCAAAAUGUCAUCCAGGAACUUCCACCAUCACAUUAUAGGACUUUGGAAUACCUGAUCAAGCAUCUGACUCACCUGGCCUCCUUCAGCAACAUGACCAACAUGCACACCAGGAACCUGGCCCUAGUGUGGGCACCUAAUCUCCUCAGGUCAAAGGAGAUUGAGGCUGUCGGCUGCAAUGGGGAUGCAGCUUUCCUGGAGGUGCGAGUCCAGCAGUUGGUGAUUGAGUUUAUCUUGAAUCACGUGGAUCAGAUCUUCAGCAACAACAUAACAACCAGCUCCAUGGAGCAUGAUGAGAAUAUGCCCAUUGUGAAGAGUCUGACCCUGCCCUCUGCCUCCCUGCCUAUGAAACUGGUGAGCCUGGAAGAAGCUCAGGCACGGAGUCUGUCAGCCUCCCACCCUGCCCGGAAAGAGAGGAGAGAGAACAGCUUGCCUGAAAUUGUCCCAGUCACUGGAUCCUUCUUCCACACUGUCGUCGACCUACCUGAUAGCAAGAGAAAAUUGUCCACCAAAUCCAAGAAAUGGAAGUCAAUAUUUAACCUGGGCCGGUCUGGAUCAGAUUCAAAAUCAAAAUUGAGUCGAAAUGGGAGUGUGUUUGUGAGAGGACAGAAACUCUCUGAAAAAGCAACUAUUCGACCAGCUAAAAGCAUGGACUCUCUGUGCUCCCUGCCUGUAGAAGGGGAGGAUGAGAAAAGCCGGUUCAAACGCACAGUCGCUGCUGGAGGGUUUUUCAUCCCAGUGAUGAAAACGCGGACAGGAGGCACAAGCAGCUCGAGUGACCUCAGCAAGGAGAGUGAGUGGGAUCGUGAGGAGUCCCCAGCAGGGGCCGAGGGAGGCUCAGAGCUCAGAGGGGAUAAAGCUGGCCCCAGGGCCCCCCAGGCGAGGCCACCCCCUGAGCAGUUGAAGGUGUUCCGUGCCAUGGAGGACACUGAAAGUGAGCAGACCUCCCCAAAGACGUGUCGCAUGUUCUACACCUCCGACACAACCUCCAAAUCAGGCUUCCCCAGCAGCCUCUUUCCUCUUGAAGCUUCUCCCCGGCACCAGCGGAAAGUCCUGAAUAUCUCGGAGCCCUUCGCCGUUUCCGUGCCCCUUCGGGUGUCCGCAGUCAUCAGCACCAACAGCACCCCAUGCCGUGUGCCUGUCAAGGACAAGCCUGGCCUCUCCAGCCUGGAGGAAUCAUCCGCUCUGGGGCUGGGCGGUGCUGCUCUCACAGCGCCGGAAGUGGGUGGCCAGCCCAGGACUGAGCAGGCCUCAGACAGGGAGGAGAAGCAGCCCAGGGCUGAGGCUGCACCAGGUAAAACUAGUAGAGGUUCUACCACCGAGGAACUGAUGGCAGCCAAGAAGCCUGAGUCCUCAGAAACCUCAAAGCCAACAACAGAAAACUGGGAGCUGUUAGGCAGUGGCAGCAGCACCAGUGGCAGGCAAGCCCCAGAGCAGAGCCCUGGCUUGAAACAGACACCAGCACCAGAGGGCCCAGGAGGCCUGCACUCGGCAGGUGAGAUCGAACAAGGCCAGCUUGUGACACAGGAAAACCCCUCUGAGAGAGGCAGCCAGCAGCAGGAGACACCAAGGGUUAAAGCAGAGGAGGCCUCGUUCCCGAGAGAGCUGGCUGAAGAUGAUGCUGCCAAUGCCCUGAUGGAACCACUGUGGCCAGAGAUUCAACAGGAACUCAAAAUUAUUGAAUCUGAAGAGGAGCUCUCAUUCUUGCCUACAGAUGUCCCCAAGACAGGCUCACACCAGCCUGCGUCCUCUGCUUCACCACAGACAGACAGUUUCUGUUCUGUUUCUGUGCUUGCUGUGACACUGACUGACCAGGAAACUCCAUCCGGAACCCCACGGGCCACAUCUCAGUUGCCUUUAUUUGGUGCCUCCUCCAAAGAAAGUUCAAAGGAGCCUGGCAGCCUCCAGGGUGGUAAACCUGAAGUGGUAGCACAGCGUGACUGCUCUCCUAACAUACCCGAACUGGAUACUGUCCUGUCUGGGACAGCCUCUCCAAAGAACCAUCUAGUGCUGGACAACGUCAGCAGUGAUCUUCCAGCUCCCCACCAAGACCAGAAGCUUUGUGAUGAGAAGCAGCUCAUUGAGGGUCCUUUUAAAGAAGAUGUCUCAGAUACCAAAGGGUUGUGUCCAGACCAAACCAAGGAGAAAGGAAACCCUGGCCUGCUGCAUAGCGAAAAGGAUGGCAUUGCUGUAGGCCAGGAUGGAGUCCUAACCCAGAGGGAGAAACCUGAUAGAGAGGCUGCAGGAGAUGGCCUGAUCUCAUCAAAGAGGGAAAGUAGAGCUGGAGCCCAGAAACCCAAAGAGGGCGGCAUGGCUAACAGAGCCCAGGACUCUUUCGACCAUGAAGAGGAGGAUGCAUGGACAGACAAUGUCCAGGGCUUUGAGCUGGUAGAGCCAUGGGAGGAUCACCAGUGGGUCACCAGCCCGCUCCAUUCCCCCACCCUCAAGAACCUCCAGGAAAAGGCAAUGCAGGAUUUCCAGUCACAAAGCUAUGGAGUGGAGAGGGGCCUUUCUGCUCGGCCACGGUUCAGUCGCAGUCUUUCUCUGGAUAGCAAAGACAUGGUGCUGAGUGUGUGGGCUAUCCAGCCACUUCUCACAAGUGCGGCUGAAGAGCUCCCACAUGGCUGCACUAGAUCAGGGACCAGGGACCUGUUGGAAACACUGUCAACCUCAUCACCCAGCCCGAACCAUGUUGAGCGAGCUGAGACCUGUCUGAGUCCUCGAGAGGACUAUUUAGAGCCUGAGGGAUCAAGUGAUGCCCUGUGCAGUGAGGCAGAGCCUGCAGCAGGGAGGCUGCUAGCCAGGCAUGAGGAACUGCACCCUGCCUCUCUUUCAGAGCCAGGGGAGAAGGUAGUGGAUGGCAGUAAAGAAAACCCUCAGGACUUAACACCUGAGUUGCCUUUUCCACACUGUAAUACCCAAGAUGGUUUCUUGCAGGUAAAGAAAAUAGAUGAAGAUCCAUCCAGGCCUCAGGAUGCUGCCCCCACUGGAGCAGCUAUCACCAAAGGGCUGUGUUCCACCAGCGAGUCACAGCUAAGUAACAACAAAGGCGAAGAUGCACCCCGUAAAGUGAGAACCAGGCCAUCAUCUCUUAACUUGGAUUCACUCCUCCCUGCCCCCAAUUUCUUCAAGUUUGAGAGACUGGCGGUGCCCACUUCACCUGGAAACCUCUUAUGUGCGCAGAAGGAAGGGAAGAGCAGCGAUUCUGUCCUGUCAUUGCCUGCUGCCUGCCCUGCCAGGAACAAAGGCAACCCCUGGGGAUCUCGCUUCGAUCUCCGAGAACUAGACCUGGAUUACAUGGCAGUGGCCCACGCUGCCACCGGCCGUCGUAACUCUGCCCCUGUGAGUGUGUCGGCGGUGAGGACCUCCUUCAUGAUUAAGAUGUGCCAGGCCAGAGCUGUGCCAGUGAUACCACCCAAGAUCCAGUACACACAGGUCCCACAGCCACUACAGACUCAGAAUGCCGACCGUGACAUCUCUGCAUUGCUGGGAAGGAAGGAAACAGAAGCCCACUCAGCCAGCAGGCAGACCCCCCAAGCAGCUUGGGGACAGCUGGAGCCCCCAAAGAGCCCUCGGGUAGAAAAGAAAGCCAAAAAGGAGAAAGAAAACAGUGACCCAACUCAAAUGGAUUCAACUUCUUCUAGGCAUGGCAACCUCAACCCUCUGCCAGAUCUCUCCCUUUCCAGUCGUAAUUCCACCCAGGAGGCGCCCGUGCUGCGCCGAAAGCGCACUUCAGAGGGGGAGACCACAGGAGACAACCCACAAUCCUCAAAAAUGGAGAGGCCAUCGGGGUUUUCCAAGCCUUCCUACAGAUCCAGACCAGGAAGGCCCCAGAGCCUUAUCCUCUUCAGCCCGCCCUUCCCCAUAAUGGACCAUUCAUCUUCCUCAGCAGACUCCAGGGUGUUGUUAUCACCCAUAAGAAGCCCCUCUCAGAGCAACUCUCCAAACCCUAUUUGUGGCGAUCUGUCUGGGAACCUGCAAACAACACCUGAGGGGGUCACUCUGCGGAACAAAAUGACCAUCCCCAAAAAUGGGCAGAGACUGGAGACCUCCACCAGCUGCUUUUACCAGCCCCAGAGGAGGUCAGUGAUUCUCGAUGGUAGAAGCGGGAGGCAGAUAGAAUAACGCCAGCUCACCUCGCCCUUCUUCCCUGGUGGAUGAGAAGGGAGUGCCCACCUUGAGACCAAUUGUGCUAUUGUUGUUGUUGUUAUGAUUAUAAAUAUUCUGUGCAAAAAGGACACAAAUCUUUUAUAUCCCCCUGUAGAGCAUUUUGCUACUGAUGUUCUCAUUCUCUUUGUCUCUCUCCUUUUCGGGCAACCCCACAUUAUCUGCUCUAUGGAAAAAAAAUUCCCAAGGAAGUUUGUUUUCUUCAGUCUUAUUUUCUAACACACCCUGUGAAAGUCUCACCCUCUGUCUGGAAAAAACAUGGCAUGGUCCAAUGGACAUGUAUGUGAAGGAGGUAAGACCAGACAGGUACAUUUUUCUCCCUUGCACCACUGAGCAAUGAUGCAGGACCAUCUGUCCAGCCAUCCCUACUGUACUGCUCUGGAUAGCAUAAGCAAACUGCAGAGUAGAAUGGUGAUAGCUGAAGGUGAGAAGGAAAAGCUGACCUGUAAAGAUCACACUGCGUGCGUUAUGUUUUGUUGCUCUUCUCUGGACUUUCUCCAGUUUGUCCACAUCUUUUUCUGAAAUGUGGUGCCCAGAGCUGGACACAAUGCUCCAGCUGAGGCCUAAACAGUGCGGAGCAGAGUGGAAGAAUUAUUUCUUGUGUCUUGCUUACAACAUUCCCGUUAACACAUCCCAGAACGAUGUUCGCUUUUUUUGCAAGUGUUACACUCUUGAAUCAUGUUUAGCUUGUGAUCCACAAUGACCCCCAGAUCCCUUUCCUAGUACUCCUUCCUAAGCAGUCAUUUCCCAUUUUAUGUGUGUGCAACUGAUUGUUUCUUCCAAAGUGGAGUACUUUGCAUUUGUCCUUAUUGAAUUUCAACCUAUUUACUUCAAAGCAUUUCUCUAGUUUGUCCAGAUCAUUUUGAAUUUUAAUCCUAUCCUCCAAAGCACUUGCAACUCCUCCCAACUUGAUCUCUAUGCCAUUAUCUAAAUAAUUGAUGAAGAUAUUGAGAACUAGAUCCAGAACUGAUUCCUGUGGGACCUCACUCAUUUUUACUUUCCAGUUUGACUAUGAAUCACUGAUAACUACCCUCUGGGAAUGGUUUUUCAACCAGUUAUUCGCCCACCUUAUAGCAGCUCCAUCUAGGUUGCAUUUCCCCAGUUUGUUUAUGAGAAGGUCUUGUGAGACAGUAACAAAAGCCAUACUGAAGUCCAGAUAUACCAUGUCUACCGCUUCCCCCCAUCCACAAGACUUGUUACCCUGUCAAAGAAAGCUAUCAGAUUGGUUCGACAUGAUUUCUUCUUGACAAAUCCAUGCUGACUGUUGCUUAUCACCUUAUUAUCUUGUAGGUGUUUGCAAAUUGAUUGCUUAAUUAUUUGCUCCAGAGAGCAACUAGAGAUGGACCAGUGCCUCAAAGCUUGGAUCAGGAAAUCAAGUUCUGCAGAGUUGGGAGGAUUUAGAUUAAAUGGUCCAUGUCAGCUGAUUGUAGAGCUGGGCCCAAGGCACCAAGUUCAGCUCUGGAGACAAACUUUCCCAGAAUUCAUGGGGCUUGGAACUGGGAAUCGGUUUCAGACCUGUUGCCACUAGACUAGAGAAGAAGUCUGAGCUAUGCUGUAGGGUCAUGGUGCAGUUGGUAGAACCGUGUGUACAGUAGAGAACUGCACCAUUGCAACUUGCACCAUUGCAGCUGAACCAGGGCAAGUUGUAAUAGUGUAGCACAUUCACAUUAGCCAGCCCAUUUUUGGGUGCACAUCUGCCCCAUGUCCAUUUGCAGCAUGCCCUCCACUCAUUGGAGUAGCAUUUAUGGGAAACGGGUCCAUCCCACAACUGAGGGUCUUCCUGAGUGUAGGAGAGGUGCCUGUUGCCUGGUUUUAUUAGCAUGGAAACACUUUCCCUAACUAGAUCACAAGGCUGCAGUUCCCCCCAUCCGGUGAAAAGUGUAGGGCCUCUCAUUUAGGGUUUGCAGGUGGGCUCUUAUACCCUCAGGCCUAAUCCUGACAUUGUCCAUCGCACUUCUUUUAGUUUAUGAGAUCUAGAAGACAGGACAAGGAAUACCCAGAUAGGUCACUUCCCUUGUACUCUAUUAUAGAGUACAAGGAGGUGAUGCAUGCAGCUCCCAUUAAUUGCAGGAUGUUGGUGGGUAUGGGGGUCUCCUGGCUGAAUGGGAGUGGUGUUGGAUGGUGGGGAGUCACCUGUAUCAAGGGGAGGUGGGGAUGGGGUUCACCUAGCUGGAUAGGUGGUGUGGUGUGUGGAUCACUUGGCUGAAGGGGUGGGGUGCUGGAUGUAGGGACUACCUGGCUGGAUGGGAGGGGUGUUGAGUGGGUGGGAGUCACCUGGCUGAAAGGGAGGAGCUUUUGUGACUUGUGGGGGGGGGGGCGGGGAGGGGGAGAGUCACCUGGUUCCAUGGCAGGGACAUUGAUGAGUGUGGGACUGGCUGCAGUUAUGUCCUUGGAGACAAGCAGGAACUAGGACUGUACAGUACAUUGUAAACUAUAUUAACUUAGACUGUCCAUCCCAUUUGCUCAUUUUACAAAGGGUGAAGUACUUCUUUGAUGCAGCCUUUCAGCAUGUUAGGGCUCUGGAGGAGGUUAGGUCUGCAGCAGACACUAGCAGCAAAGCUUGCAACUGUUUCUACCAGCCAGAGUCCAAAAAGUGCAAUCAAAAUCUUUUAAUCUUUUCUUUCUUUAGAUUGUAAAAUGCCUAUGCUGAUGAAUACUGUUAAAUUUAUCUAUAUAUAUAUAUAUAAAUAAAAGAACAUUAUAUAUAAAUAUAUUAAAAUGUAAUUAAAAAUGAAGGAAUUGUCUAAACAGGUCCAUCACAUCUGUGAAACUUGGGCUGAUGUACAGAUAUUGUUUUCCAUUAAAAUUUCUUUACCGCUGAGAGUGUGAGCUGGAACAAGUUAUAACCAGCACAGGAAGGUGAAGCUAGAAUCUUAAAUCUGAUUAUGUUCGGCCAUGGAUCAACAGUAGAUCCUACCACCACUGAAGUCAAUGAUAAAACUCUCACUGAAAUCAACGGGAGCAGAACUGGGUCCUAGAAGAGGAUGGAAUAAAUCGGUGAGUCCCAAAAUACCAUGAUAGAUUUAUCCCUUAAAUGUCCAAUGGAGUUUCAACUCCACAUUUUCCCUGAGGCUCCCUGAUUUUUACAUCUCUGCCAUCUUUCCGCUCAAAAAUAAAUAUACAUGAGUUGGUGAGAUCCAUUGGUUGAUCCAAACCCUGUUUAGUAUUAACCUGAUCCUGAGUAACAUAAUGCUUAUAUCAGAGGGGUUAGCCGUGUUAGUCUGGAUCUGUAAAAGCAGCAAAGAAUCCUGUGGCACCUUAUAGACUAACAGGUGUUUUGGAGCAUGAGCUUUC